AUGAAGUUUUCCUUGUCUAGCGUCUUUCUUACUCUUCUUGGAGCCUCUUCUACUUUGGCUUCUCCUAUCACCAAGCAGGCCAUGUCUCCUGAGCAAAGCUUUGGUGUUCUCACUCUUCACUCUGGAAACAUCAAUGUCCACCAAAAGGAAUUCUAUGUUGGUCAAUCGGGCUAUGUCUUUUUAAGUCAAUACGACAAUGCUGACAACUACGCAAAGUUCAGUCUCAAGAAUAACCAAUUGUACCAUAACAACGAUACUGCUUUGAUUGAACAAGGCGGUGCUCUUGCUUUCAAGUCCUCUGGCCCUGCUGUUACCGGCUUCGACGCUAACGCACCCACAAACAUUGGCUACGAGUUACAGUUGAACGGUACUAGCCCGGUCGCUUGCCCUGUUCCCAGCGACCAACAAGUUUUCCAAGUUUACUAUGGCCAAGUCAAGAAUAGCACUGAUUGUGUCGGCAUCGACACUGUGGCUGUUAGCUUUUAA